AUUAAAUAAUCAAUAAAAAUGGCUAGAACUAAGUAAACUGCAAGAAAGAGCACUGCUGGUAAUAAAAAACCAACUAAACAUUUGGCUACCAAGGCUGCAAGAAAGACUGCACCAGCUGUUGGAGCUACUGGAGGUUUAAAGAAACCCCACAAAUUCAGACCAGGAACUGUCGCCCUCAGAGAAAUCAGAAAAUACUAAAAGUCAACUGAAUUGUUGAUCAGAAAACUUCCAUUCUAAAGAUUGGUCAGAGAAAUCGCACAUGAAUUCCAAAAGGAACUCAGAUUCUAAAGCUCAGCUGUCUUGGCACUUUAAGAAGCUGCUGAAGCUUACCUCGUUGGAUUAUUUGAAGACACCAACUUGUGUGCUAUUCAUGCAAGAAGAGUCACAAUUAUGUCAAGAGAUAUCUAAUUGGCCAGAAGAAUCAGAGGAGAAAGAUUCUGAUCAAUUAAUAUUAUAUUCAAUUAAAUGUGUUCAUCUCUUUUAAUGCAAAA